CAAAAUAAUAAUCAAUCAUCUUAAUGUUGAAACGGGGCAACAACUACACCCACACACCUACACCUACGCUGAAGCGUUAUCGAGAAGGCAUGAAACUAUUUGGGCGAGUAUCGGUUUCUUUGGAAUUCCUAAGACGUUUACCAAUUUCCCCACCACUCUCCCCACUAUCGAUUGUUCUUCAAUUCUAUCGUGUGAGUUUCUUCUUUCUAUUUUUAGACCUUUACGCCUAACUAAUAAUUCCUUUUUCUACAAUUUCCCCAACACAAAAUCUCCAAUUCGUUACUCAUCUCGCCAUUUUGAAACCAGGGCUCUUCGAUCUUGGACUAUUCUUGAUUUGGCUAUAUGCGGCAUGUUGAUCAUCUUUGUGGAGUCAGACUCAGAGACAGUGAUUUUAUGCGGUGAUGAAUUCAAAUUAUGUGAAAUCACAGAUGAGCACAAACUAAAAACUGCCUCAGAUAAUUUAAGAGCAUAUUACCAAAAAGUUGCUCAAGAAUAUAGAAUACCACUUUCUAGAUAG